GGACACAAAACGCAUUAGAGCAGACCGAGUCUAUUUACCAAAGCCACUCUCCUCCAGUCACAGACACAGACACAGACACAGACACAGCUCUCGGUCGGUUCAUCGUACAUCGCAAAGGAAAACGUAAAUGGGUUCGUACUCAAUAGCCAGUGCUAUAUCUCGAUUUGCGCCUCUAACCCGCUUCGUUAAACCUUUUUCUUACAUCAAUUGCCCUUGCAACAGAGCCCUGAGGCCAAAGAGAUUUGAUCAGCUUCGUGUGUUCUCAAUGGCGUCGGAAGCGAAGGAAUCACCAGCAAACAAUCCUGGCUUGUCAACGGUUCGUGAUGAGGCUACCAAAGGGUAUAUCAUGCAGCAGACUAUGUUUCGAGUGAAGGACCCUAAAGCUAGUCUUGACUUUUACUCACGUGUCCUCGGAAUGUCAUUGCUGAAGAGGCUAGAUUUCUCUGAGAUGAAAUUCAGCUUGUACUUCGUGGGCUACGAGGAUACUUCAACAGCUCCAACGGAUCCAACUGAGAGAACGGUUUGGACCUUUGGUCGACCAGCAACGAUUGAGCUGACUCACAACUGGGGCACAGAGAGUGAUCCCGAGUUUAAAGGUUAUCAUAAUGGGAACUCCGAACCUAAAGGAUUUGGGCAUAUUGGGGUUACAGUUGAUGAUGUGCACAAGGCAUGCGAGAGAUUUGAACAACUCGGAGUGGAGUUUGUCAAGAAACCUAACGAUGGAAAGAUGAAGAACUUAGCCUUCAUAAAGGAUCCUGAUGGCUACUGGAUCGAGAUCUUUGAUCUCAAGACUAUCGGGACAACAGCCGGAAACGCAGCCUGAGGAAGAAGUACAGAUUGUGUGCUGUUUGUCUUCUUCUUGUGUUCCUUCCACCUGAUCUUGAAUACAAAUAAAGAUGUUGCCUGUCUCAACGAAUAAAAGAAACUACGUUAUCAAUGCGUCUUUUUCUUGAUAUUAACAAUGAGUUGAGUUAAAUAAGUUGUUAUCAAUGAGAAUCAGUUUGGUUUGAUGUCAA